CACUGACGCAGGGGCGCACUGACGCACCAUGGCCAACGUAGAGCGCGGGCGGAGACAAGAAGCAGCCGCCGACUGCUCAGGCUUGGCAUUGCCUGGCCCCUGGAGUGUGUCUGCGUAGAGCAGCAAGGCGAAGUCCGCUGGUCGUGGCACGGGUGCUGCGGACCUUGGAGAGAGCCGCUCCCUCCUCUCUGACAGCGCCCAGAGACUGCGGGGCCGCCCCCUUCGUGGCAGAGACUCAGGGAGGUCCACAUUGGUGUUUGGUGUGUUGCCAGGUCAGCAGAGGAGCUACGCCUGCUCAGCAGAGAGAGGAGGCCAGGAUCUGCCAGGAAUCAAGGUAAAGAACUUUGGCCUCUUGAAUUUUGGUCACCGAGCUCCUGCCCGCUCUCCAUUACCAGAGUCAUCAUGUCUGGAUCUCCAAAGCACCAGCUUCAGGAAGACUCUCAGGACCAAAGCACCGUAGAGGAGGUUUCUGCUGCUGGAACGCUGGGUCCCGAGGGAGGCUCCUCUCCACCCAAUGCCAUGGCUGCCACCCCAUCGAGCCAAUCCCAUGGGGACUCCAGCAGUGAACAAGGGGAGGGUUCAUCCCUCUCACAAACCCUGCCAGACACUAUGUCCUUGAUUAGUGAUGCCAUAGAUGGUAAGGUGGCUGAAUUGGUAGAGUUCCUGGCCCUUAAGUAUCUAAUGAAGGAACCAACCACAAAGGGAGAAAUGUUGGAAAUUGUCACCAAAAAUUAUCAGGAGCACUUCCCUGUGAUCUUCAGGGAAGUCUCUGAGUGCAUGCAGCUGGUCUUUGGUAUUGAUGUGAAGGAAGUGGACCCUCAGAGCCACUCCUAUGUCCUUGUCCCUGCCCUAGGCCUCACCUAUGAUGGCAUGGUGGGUGACGACCAGAGCAUGCCCAAGACCAGUCUCCUGAUAAUCGUCCUGGGUGUCAUCUUCCUUCAGGGCAACCGUGCCAGUGAGGAGGUCAUAUGGGAAGUGCUGAAUGGGAUAGGGGUGCAUGCUGGGAGGGAGCACUUCAUCUAUGGGGAGCCCCGGAAAUUCAUCACUGAGGAUUUGGUACGGGAAGGGUACCUAGAGUAUCGGCGGGUGCCCAACAGCGAUCCUGCUCGCUAUGAGUUCCUGUGGGGUCCAAGGGCCCAUGCUGAAACCAGCAAGACGAAAGUUCUAGAAUUUUUGGCCAAAGUCAAUGAUACCACCCCCAAUGCCUUUACUCUCUGUUAUGGGGAAGUUUUGGGAGACGAAGGAAACAGGGACCAACUUCCAGGGCCAGUGGAGGGGUGAUACCUUGGGUCAGAACCAAGGCCAGAGCACCUGCCAAGGCCACAUCCAGCAGGUUCUCCAGUUCCAAGUGAAUUCUGAGGUAGAUUUUCACUCUGUUUGAAAAAGCCAAUCACUCUUCUAAGUAGUGCAGAGGAAGAAAAGGGAUUGUAUAAACUCAUUAUAUAACAUCUUUGCAUUUCUGGUCUAUGUGGGUGCCUUGGAGAUUUUUUUGCUUUUUGAUAUUGUUUCCAAAAGUUGUUCCCUUCAAUAGAAGGUUUAAUUAACUUCAAUUUCUAAAUAUUUAAUGGCAUUGGUAACAAACAUAUUGCUACUUAUCCAUGUUAAGAGUUUUGCUAUUUUGUAAGACGAAGUGUAAAAUCUUCUGUUUUGUGACCUGGAGGAAGACAACACAACAUUGAAACACAAGCUUUCUUGGAAAUGUAAAGAAGUUAUCCAUGGAAUAGAUGGAGUCAUUAAAGACAGAAAAAUGUCAAAGAUACUUAAUUCUUACUUUCCUUUACCCUUUUAGCGUGUUGUUGUGUAAUUUUUUUUUAAAAAUGCCUGUGUAUGCUUGGGUCAUUCAAAAUUAUUGGAGAAAUUUAUUCUUAAUAAAGAAUCUCACCUGC